ACCUCCACCACCGCCACCCCCACGGCCCCCGUGGCCGAGGCGCUGAGCCUUCCGGCUUUGUCUGCGUCCCCCUCGGCUCCGGUUCCAGCUGCAGCUGCGGCUGCGACUCCCGGGCUCGGCUCUGGCGCUCAGCGGACCGCACGGCUGGGCACAGGAGGCUCGGCCCAGGGGAGCGGCGUGCCCGCUCCCUCGUUCCGCGCGGGGGGUGAAACUUCGCCCAAGUUUGGGUUCGGGGAGAACCUGUUGAGGCGGGGAGUGGCCCGGGCUGGGGACGACGCAAAGGAUGGACAGACCUCGGGUUCUCGGGCAGGGGCUUGGGGAGGGGCCCGUCUCCCCAACCCCACAGUGAGGACGCUGCGACUUAGGGGAGGGCGAGUGGGCGUUUGGGCCAACGCUUAGCCCGAUCCGGAGGCCGGGCUAGGAGUGGUUCUGCGGAUCCCGCGAGGACAAAGUUUGCUGAUUUGCUUGCUUUCUUGGGCGUUGCUGUUCAGUGUGAGCUGAAGGCGGUUUCAGGGUCCGCAGAGACGCUCCCGACUUCGCCCCUCCUCUUCAGCUUCGCUCACCCCUCCCUCACCCGGGCCUGGCCUCAGCAGGUCUGCACCCAUAGCUGCGGGCGAGGGUAUGCGGACGCCCACGGGGAGGCCGGUGGCCCAGCGCACCCUGUAGCCCGCGGACGCCGACAAAGGGUCCCCGGUGACUGAGCGCGCGCCAUGGAGGCCCCGUAUUCGAUGACGGCGCACUACGAUGAAUUCCAGGAGGUCAAGUACGUGAGCCGUUGCGGCGCGGGGAGCCCCCGGGGGACCUCGCUGCCCCCCGGCUUCCCGCGGGGCUCGGGGGCGCGCGCCGGGCUGCCGCGCUGGAACCGGCGCGAGGUGUGCCUGCUGUCGGGGCUGGUGUUCGCCGCCGGGCUCUGCGCCAUCCUGGCCGCCAUGCUGGCGCUCAAGUACCUGGCCCCGGGCGCGGCCGGCGGGGGCGCCUGUCCGGAGGGCUGCCCGGAGCGGAAGGCCUUCGCGCGCGCUGCGCGCUUCCUGGCCGCCAACUUGGACGCCAGCAUCGACCCAUGCCAGGACUUCUACUCUUUCGCGUGCGGCGGCUGGCUGCGGCGCCACGCCAUCCCCGACGACAAGCUCACCUACGGCACCAUCGCGGCCAUCGGCGAGCAGAACGAGGAACGCCUGCGGCGGCUGCUGGCGCGGGCGGCUGGGGGCCCGGGGGGCGCGGCGCAGCGCAAGGUGCGCGCUUUCUUCCGCUCGUGCCUCGACAUGCGCGAGAUCGAGCGGCUCGGGCCGCGGCCCAUGCUGGAGGUCAUCGCCGACUGCGGGGGCUGGGACGCGGCGCGCUGGGACCUGAACCGGCUGCUGUACAAGGCGCAGGGCGUGUACAGCGCGGCCGCACUCUUCUCGCUCACCGUCAGCCUGGACGACAGAAACUCCUCGCGCUAUGUGAUCCGCAUUGACCAGGAUGGGCUCACCCUGCCAGAGAGGACCCUGUACCUGGCUCAGGAUGAGGAGAGUGAGAAGGUCCUGGCGGCCUACAGGGUGUUCAUGGAGCGCCUGCUUAGCCUGCUGGGCGCUGAUUCCGUGCAGCAGAAGGCCCAGGAGAUCCUUCAGCUGGAGCGGCGGCUGGCCAAUAUCACCGUGUCAGAGUACAAUGACCUGGGGCCGGACGUCAGCGCCAUGUACAACAAGGUCACGCUGGGCCAGCUGCAGAAAAUCACCCCCUAUCUGCGCUGGAAGUGGCUGCUGGACCAGAUCUUCCAGGAGGACUUCUCGGAGGACGAGGAGGUGGUGCUGCUGGCCACAGACUACAUGCAGCAGGUGUCCCAGCUCAUCCGCUCCACGCCCCACAGGAUCCUGCACAACUACCUUGUGUGGCGAGUGGUGGUGGUCCUGAGUGAGCACCUGUCUCCCCCAUUCCGUGAGGCCCUGCACGAGCUGGCCCGAGAGAUGGAGGGGAGUGACAAGCCUCAGGAGCUGGCCCGAGUCUGCCUGGGCCAGGCCAACCGCCACUUCGGCAUGGCACUUGGCGCCCUCUUUGUACACGAGCACUUCUCGGCUGCCAGCAAAGCCAAGGUACAGCAGCUGGUAGAAGACAUCAAGUACAUCUUGGGUCAGCGCCUAGAGGAGCUGGACUGGAUGGAUGCCCAGACCAAGGCUGCUGCUCGGGCUAAGCUCCAGUACAUGAUGGUGAUGGUCGGUUACCCGGACACCCUGCUCAAACCAGAGGCUGUGGACAAGGAGUACGAGUUCGAGGUGCACGAGAAGACAUACUUCAAGAACAUCCUGAACAGCAUCCGCUUCAGCAUCCAGCUCUCCGUCAAGAAGAUCCGCCAGGAGGUGGACAAGUCCACGUGGCUGCUCCCCCCACAGGCACUCAAUGCUUACUAUCUGCCCAACAAGAACCAGAUGGUAUUCCCCGCAGGCAUCCUGCAGCCCACCCUGUAUGACCCUGACUUCCCACAGUCUCUGAACUAUGGGGGCAUCGGCACCAUCAUCGGGCACGAGCUGACCCAUGGCUAUGAUGACUGGGGGGGCCAGUACGACCGCUCUGGGAACCUGCUGCACUGGUGGACAGAGGCCUCCUACAGCCGCUUCCUGCGCAAGGCCGAGUGCAUCGUGCGCCUCUAUGACAACUUUACUGUCUAUAACCAGCGGGUGAAUGGGAAGCACACGCUUGGGGAGAACAUUGCAGACAUGGGUGGCCUCAAGCUGGCCUACUACGCCUAUCAGAAGUGGGUGCGGGAGCAUGGCCCAGAGCACCCGCUGCACCGGCUCAAGUACACACACAACCAGCUCUUCUUCAUCGCCUUUGCCCAGAACUGGUGCAUCAAGAGGCGGUCCCAGUCCAUCUACCUGCAGGUGCUGACUGACAAGCAUGCACCUGAGCACUACAGGGUGCUGGGCAGCGUGUCUCAGUUUGAGGAGUUCGGCCGAGCCUUCCACUGCCCCAAGGACUCGCCCAUGAACCCUGUGCACAAGUGCUCAGUGUGGUGAGCCUGGCUGCCCACCACCUGCACGCCCCCACUGUCCCGCAUGAAUUGCCUCCUGCUGGCUGCCGGGCAGGCAUGCGCCCAGGCCGCCCCACUCUGGGCCCCCGGCCUCCCAGCCCCUCCAGCCCAGGCCCCUGGCGUUCCUCACUUCUGGAGGGGCCUGGAGCAGGGGUGUGGUGGGCUCUGGGGAACAUGCGGGACCAUGCAGACCCCCAGCUGGAUUGUACAGGCCCCACCUCCACCAUGUUCUUGCUGCUGUCUGCUCAAUAAAGUUGCUGUACUGUC